UCAGAGAUAUUGGCUUAACUUCAUCACAGAGAGGGAGGAAAAAUACGGCCGAUCCCCCUAAGCCGCGAUUGACGGCCCGGAAUCGCGAAGAGGAGUUUGCUCUCAAGCUCGUAACGCGGACGCCAACAAGGGAAGGAUUUCUGGGUAAGUAAACUCCGAAGCCCUAAACCGCAGAGAGGAAGUCGGCCGAACAAUUUCUUGCAGUGCGUCAAGGAUAUUUCCUAAGGAAGUCCGAAUGACCGAGCCUGGUAGCUCAGAGUUGAAAACCACAACAAAAUCUCCUGUCAUAUACCGGUGUAAGAAAUGCCGAAGAAUUGUUGCUUCUGAGGAGAAUAUAGUUUCCCAUCAACAUGGAAAAGGUGACUCAAGCUUCAAGUGGAAAAAGAGGAGUGGCAACCCAUGGGAAAAGGAAAAGCAAAGUGAGUGUACCUCUUUAUUCGUCGAGCCCAUGAAGUGGAUGCAAGCAGUACAAGAAGGUAGCGUGGAGGAUAAACUUCUCUGUAUGGGCUGCAAUGCUCGUUUGGGUUACUUCAACUGGGCAGGUAUGCAGUGCAGCUGUGGAGCCUGGGUUAACCCGGCAUUUCAGCUUCAUAAAAGCCGAUUAGAUGAGUGCUAUAUUUGAUCAUUUGCCCCGAGCUGUCCUAGGAAAGGGACGUGGUUUCAAUAAAUAAUAGUUUAGCAUGUAAACUAAUGUCUUCAUGUACAAGGCAGGCCAGGCCGGCGUGAUGUCUUCAAGCUGAAGUUAGAUUUAAUGCUAGUAAAGGAACAUGUGGCAGUACUUUCUUCUCAUAUUAAUCUGCAUUAUUACUCUUCUUUUCUGCAAUUUUUUUUCCCUUUCCUUGUGUGGCCUAGUAUAAAUGGUAAUAGCAUCAUUUUUUCCCUUCCCGCAUCUUGAGCUUUAGUGGAUUGUCAGGACCGAGAACGGGUUAUAUGCUAUUUUAGAACAUGAUAAUGGUCGAAGUUUUGUGC